CUCGGAUCGCUUCCCCUGAUUCCAAGCUUAACUUCCCGAGCUGCUGACGUCACUUGGCAGCCUGGGCUGUACUCGCCGCUCCAUACAUAGCGCCGAGAAAAAUGCUGCUCUCCGUACCGCCAAGGACAGGAAUCAAUCCAUACAACGGCUAUAACAGCAGAAACGGCAAAAAGCAGGCCUAUGUGUCCUCCGGCCACCAGAUGGCACCCCCCAGUCCCAACACCAACAGCAACAACAGUGGCGGGGGAGGGGAACAACUGAGUAAAACUAACCUGUACAUCCGCGGUCUUCACCCCGGGACCACAGACCAGGACCUGGUCAAGCUAUGCCAGCCAUAUGGGAAGAUUGUGUCCACGAAGGCAAUCCUGGACAAAACCACCAACAAGUGCAAAGGCUAUGGCUUCGUGGACUUCGACAGUCCGGGAGCGGCCCAGAAAGCGGUGAGCGCCCUGAAGUCCAGUGGAGUCCAGGCUCAGAUGGCCAAGCAACAGGAGCAGGACCCCACCAACCUGUACAUCUCCAACCUGCCUGUGUCCAUGGAUGAGCAGGAACUGGAGAGCAUGCUCAAGUCCUUCGGCCAAGUCAUCUCCACACGCAUCCUCCGCGACGCCAUCGGGACCAGCCGCGGCGUGGGUUUCGCCAGGAUGGAGUCCACAGAAAAGUGCGAAGCCAUUAUUCAACAUUUUAAUGGGAAAUUUAUUAAGACUCCACCAGGAGUUCCAGUGCCCCCGGAACCAUUAUUGUGCAAGUUUGCAGACGGGGGACAGAAAAAGAGGCAGAAUCAGGGGAAGUACCUUCAGAAUGGCAGGCCCUGGGCAAGGGAUGGAGAGACGGGAGGGAUGACGUUAGCAUAUGACCCCACAGCCUUACAGAAUGGGUUCUAUUCGUCACCCUACAGUCUGACCCCAAACCGGAUGAUCGCCCAGACGUCCCUCUCUCCCUACAUGCAUUCACCAGUCUCAUCUUACCAGCUACAUAGUCCCUCCUGGAUGCACCACCAGUCGUACCUCAUGCAGCCUGCAGGCACAGUCCUGACUCCAACCAUGGACCAUGCCAUGUCUAUCCAGCCCACCUCCAUGAUGGGCCCCAUGACCCAGCAGCUCAGCCACCUAUCUCUGGGCAGCACAGGCACGUAUAUGCCUGCCAACACUAUGCAGGGGACAUACAUCCCCCAGUACCAACCAGUGCCUCCCUCCAGUGUCCCUGUAGAGGAGAACGGAGGACAACAGCAACAGGUUGCUAUGGAGACACCUGCAGAACACACAAACUACUCCUACCAGCACACCAAGUGAAGCUAAGGUAUGUGUGUUGCAGCUCGGGGUCAGGAGGCCAUCUUGCUGACUGAACCACAGAGGGUUGGUUCUCUACAAGAAGAUAACAGAGCUCUGUUAGCACCAGACUUGAACACCGUUGACAAAAGGAAUACGUGUGUGCUUUGAAAAAGAAGUUGACAUGCUUAUUUUGUCUGGACUUUUCCUCUCUCUUCUUCAAGAGUCAAUCAGCCAAAGGUGGGAGCCUUCUGCAAUGGAAGCUUUGAUCUCUUUUGAUAACUGAAAAAAUAAACAAAGUAAAACAAGGAAACAAAUUUGGAAAGGGGGAAAUGACACAGAACGUUAUUUUUGUGCACGUAAAAUAACAAAUUCUUAUUUUUUAAAAGCAUUCUGGAGUUUCAGAGUGGUAAAAGGAAAAUAAUUACAACACAAUGUGUCUUUUAUUUUUUGGUAAAAUAUGCAAACUUUAAUUUUAUUUUUUUUAUGUCUGUUUUUUGACAUUCUAUUCACAGCAGUUUGACAAUAUUUUGUACAUAAAAAAAUAUACUAAUACACAUUUAGUUGGUUUAAUGUUUUAGUGUAGGAUACUUUUAAGUACGGAAAAUGCAAAACAAACCGUUUAAAGCUACUUCUCCCUAAAACUAAUCCAGUAAGGCAAAGUUCAGUUAACUCACUGGCAGAUGGUAACAUCAAUUAUUUAUAGAUGAUUUAAAAUUAAGUCAAACUUAAACCUUAUAAAGCAUUCACUCAUAAACACUCAGAAUUUGUUUUGAGMWGAGGACAAUCAUGAUCAUUCUUAUUUAUAUGUACAUCAUAGUUCUAUUUUUAGAUAUUUAGUAAUAUUCAAACAUGACUUGCUUUUGUGUAAAUUUUAUUUAAUAAAAUUCCUUAUUUAACAAAUCUGGUAAAUGCCAAACACUGGCAAUAAACAUGAUACCACUUAGAAAAUAAUGAAUGCAUGUUAAAUAGGAGCUAAAUGAUUUWAAAAAGUAAGCACAUUUGAUAUUGYUGUAAAACUUUCUUAUGAGAAGAAAAUUAACUAUUGUUUUUUUUAGGGUAUCAUGUAAUAUGACGUAUCCAAAUGUCACCUUCUGUCUCAAAAAACUUGAGACAAAAUGAAUUGUUAUAAUAUUAUUCAACAUUUAAUAAAUUAAUUACUAUACUAUACAAUCUUAUAAGGUAAAGUAAUACCGUGCAUAAAAUGCAAACUCUUUUGACAUUAUUACCUACAUUUAUUCACUGAAAAUKUUAUUGGAUUCAUAGAUCGUAUAAUAAAUAUUAUACAAAAUAAUUAUUAUACAAAAUACUUGACUUGGUUUGUGCUAGAGUCCAUGUCACACCAGUGUCCAUAAGAAGUGGUUUGAAGCGGUUUUGUUCUGGUAGUUGUUCAGAUGUCUAUAGGGAAUUUCACCUUUUGUACAAAGUAGACAGACAAGUAAGUGGACAUGCCGUAGUUUUGAGCWGUUGGGUUACUAUGAAAUAUGUGUGCAAAAUAGCUCAAACAAGUCAAUUAAAAAGCAAAGCAAUGAGGGGAGAAGUAGGACUAAGAAGAGUCCUUAAGAGUCCUUUGUUGUUGAGAAAGGGAGCUGCAAGUCUUUCUCAUGCUGCUGUUGUCUCCUGAGUUUUAAUUCCUGACUGUCAAUGAAUUUGAUAAAACAAUUUGUAGAAAGAAGUAAAGUAUGUUUUCUCUUUUGGGCGUUCACUUGAACCCUUCUGAGCUGUCAUGCCUUUUGUUUUCUUUGUUGUUGAUUUUGUUGUUAUAAAACGUGUUUUUGAUGUAUUUUAUUUUCAAAAGAUUUUAGAUU